AUGCUCUACAAAAUGGCGUCCAACAAACUAGCAAUCUCCAGUAUCUCCAUCAGCCAAUACCCAGGCCAUCUAUUAGACCAUCGGAUCCGUGCCGCCGCAGCAGGCGGCUUCGCCGGCAUCGAAAUCGUCUACAACGACCUAGCAACCUACGGCCAAGCCCAAAACAUCCCAAUCCAAACCGCAGCCCAAAAGAUCCGCAGCCUCUGCCAAACACUGGACUUCAAAGUCCUCUCCCUAGCCCCCUUUGAAAACUAUGAAGGCGCAUCAAGCCCCCUAUCCCAAAGACUCGCCCUAGCGCAGCACUGGAUGGACAUCGCCCGCAUCCUGGAAGCACCCUACCUCCAAGUCCCCUCGAUCUUCGCUAGCGACUGCAGCCGCGACGAAACCAUCAUCGUCAGCGACCUCCAGCGUCUCGCGGACCUCGGCGCCUCAGCCAAACCAACCAUCUCAAUCGCCUACGAAGCCCUAUCCUGGGGCGUGAACUGCUCGACAUGGGAAUCCGCGCUAGAUCUAGUGAAUCGUGUCGACCGGCCGAAUUUCGGACUCUGCAUGGACACGUUCCACGAAGGGACGCGGAUCUGGGGCGACAAUGCCUCGCCGAACGGUAAGCAGAUGGACGCGGAUUUACGGCUGCGGGAGUCUCUUGCGCGGUUUGUGCGCGAUUGUCCUGUCGAGAAGAUCUUCUAUGUGCAGCUUUCUGAUGCGGAGCGGUUCGAUCCGCCUUAUUCGGCUGAACAUCCGUGGGCGGUGGUCGGGGAGGCGAAGGAGUUUACGUGGUCGCGACAUGCGCGACCUUUUCCGCUUGAGCGGGAGUUGGGUGGGUAUUUGCCUGUUGCGCAGAUUGCUCGGGCGUGGAUUGUUGAGAAGGGGUUUAGGGGGUGGGUUUCUAUGGAGGUUUUUGAUCGGGCGAUGAGGGAUGGGAGUGUUACUCCUGAGGCUGCGGCGAGGAGGGGCGUUGAGUCUUGGAAGAAGCUUCAGGUUGAGAUGGGGGAUCGGUCGAGGUUGUAG